AUGCCGUCCUUUGCCCAAGCAUCACUGGCCGCAGCUACACUGGCUGCAACUGCUGGCACUUAUGCUGCGGUUAGCCCCCCCAACCCCAACACCAAGUUGGUUCCCGCGUCCAAAGACUCCCUGACCUCUUUGAACCUCACUGGGAGACACGUAGCCAAGGUGGCAAUGUCCCCCAUUGCGAUUAUCGCUCUGCAUACCGCCUCCUUGGCCUAUGUGUAUCCCAACAUGCCCCCUUCGCUCCUCGGUCACGGUCCUCAAAACGGCCUGGAUGUGAACCUCUUGAGAUGGUCACCGGACACCGCCAUCCCGCUGGCCCUUGUUCUGUGUGCCGGCAUCCCUCUACGGCUCUAUGCGUAUAGAUCUCUAGGCAAGAACUUUACCUUUCAGCUCACCAAGCCGGAGCGCUUGAUUACAACCGGUCUCCAUGGCUACGUGCAGCAUCCAAGCUACACGGGUGCGGCGAUUUUGGGAUGCAGCGCUGCAUUCUGGCUGCUUCGAUUGGACGGCGUCCUCAGCUGCUGGUUGCCGCCGUGGCUGUACAGCAAGCUUACGUGCAUGGGGGUGUUUGCCAAUGCCUUUAUGCUGUCUGGCCUUCAUUGUUGGCUAAUAUGGAAGCGGGUGAGAGAGGAGGAGAAGAUGCUAAAGGCCACGUUUGGGGCUGAGUGGGAGAGAUGGCAUGCCGCAACGCCCAGAUUCUUGCCAUUUUUA